AUGGAUGGCGACCAACGUAUGAAGCAGAAUGAGCGAUUGAUGGCGCGAUCUGGGAAUGGUACGGCCAGGAGCCGUGCAACCGAUCAUUUCGACUCGACAAUGCAUCCACGUGGAGAACAAACGGGGAUGUCGCAGGCACCAGAGCGAGCUCAAAUAUCCUACGACUACGGAUACACAGGCUCCUUCCACGGCGGUUCACUACAGCCCCACGAGGUUCCUGGUUACCCGCCCGAAUUCACGCGAACACGCCAGGGCCAGGGCCAGGGCCAGGGCCAGGGUCAAGUCAUCCAACAGCAACAGCCACAGCAUCCACAACAUCCCCACGCACGGCGACGAACGCCACACGACCCUGCGCCGCCGUUCGUACCGUACGAGUCGGCAAUGCUGUACGGCUUCGGUCAGCAGGGUCCAGCACAAGGACCCUUUGACGUUGUUCCACAGUACUCGCCACGGCAGUCUGCAGCGAUUGAGGCCCUGUCGAACCAAUUUGCCGUUCCACAGUAUUUCAACCCAGAAGAGUCUACCGCUACGGGGGUCCCUUCUCUCUCAACUUAUCUGGGCGCGCAGCAAAUCCCAUAUAAUCACCCCGGUCCCAUGGCGCGCCCGAGUGCCGCUCAGCCUUUUCCCGCUACUAUGUCUGAUUUCACUCCGAUCGGUACCGCGGGGUCGGGCCGAUUGGAUCCGCCGCCUAUACAGCAUCAUACGGAUCCUCCUCAGCUGCCUGCUUCGGAUCUUUCUUCGCUCGAGGAGGCGUAUUCCCAGUAUCAGCGCGCUCUGCGCAGCACCUUUGACAAUACUCGGACGGGGCGAUUGGUGGAAGCGAGUCGAUCAUUGCUGGAAAUUUCCGAGUGGCUUGUGACUAACUCGCGGGAUCUUGGAAUUCUACGCGACGACCAUCUUUCUUACCCUGACCGCCUAGAACUGUGGAGAGAAUUCAAUAUCUGUUGGCUAGCCAUGUGUCAGAAACAGAAAGAUCUUACCCAGGAUUACAUUGCAGGUCACUCAUCGGCACAAGUUAGUAUACUUCCUCGAGAUCGCAUGGAGGCGAUGGGGAAAACUUUGCUUCAGCUAUGUGAUCAACUAGAGCAACAUGGCCUAGUGGAUUACCAGAUGGGGAUUUGGGAAGAGGAGAUCCUAUGCGUGCUCGGACAAUGUCUCGAUCUACUGGAAAGCAAACCAGAAUUACGUAUGCAAGCGGUUCCUGAACUACCCACCGCAGCCCCACGGCCUUGA